GUACUGUGUUUACUGUCAAAGAAGCCUGCCAUCUUUUGCCACGUUGCCAGUCAUUUGCUUAGCAAUUUUAACUUGUUUAAUCGAACGACACCAUAAACCCAGCUGUUUUAUUACUCAAUAACCUUCAGUGGGAACGAUACAAGGUGUUCGUAGGAUCUCGAGGGGAAUAUUUAUCAUGAAGACCGUUCUUGUUUGUGUUUUACUGGUGUUCGUAUUCAGCUGUUUUGCUGCACAAGAUGAAGCUACUCACAAAGCUCAUGUUCAUGAAGACAAGUUAGCUGACGCUGAUCAUUAUGUAGACGGUGAACACAACCCUGAACACGACCAUGAGGCAUUCCUUGGAGAAGAGAAGGAAGAGUUUGACCAUCUAUCCCCUGAAGAAGCUAAAAAACGGCUCCGCAACUUAAUCAAGAAAGUUGACACUGACAAAGACGAAGCCAUUACAACUGAAGAACUGACAGAUUGGGUUAAAAAAGUCUUUGAUGAGCGUUCUUUAGUUGGUGUUGAUAAAGACGUAGAGGAUAAAGACUCAAAUAAGAAUGGUAAAGUAGAAUGGGAUGAGUACGUUAAAGGAACGUAUGGAGAAACAGGAGAAGAUGAUGAAGAAGUUAAAGAAUUGCUGCAGAGAGACAGACGUCGGUUUGAUGCAGCUGAUAAAGAUAAAGAUGGAGCUCUGGAUAAGAAUGAAUUUGGUACUUUCCUUCACCCAGAGUCUUCUCCAGAAAUGGGAGACAUCCAUGUCACCGAAACAAUUGAAGAUAUUGACAGAGAUAAAGACGGUUUUGUCAACCUAAAGGAAUUCCUAGGAGAAUAUACUGACGACGAGUCUUCAGAAGCACCUGAAUGGGUUCAUGAAGAGACCAAGAGGUUCCAUGAAGAGUAUGACAAGAACAAAGAUGGAAAACUAGACAAAGAUGAAGUAAAGCAAUGGAUUUUACCAGAAACAGAUCACAUGAUGGCUGUAGAAGAAGCCAGGCAUCUAGUAACAUCAGCAGAUGAGAAUAAUGAUGGCAAGUUAACUAUUGGAGAGAUAGAGAAGAAUUAUGCUCUGUUUGUAGGAAGCGAAGCCACUGACUAUGGUCGUGCACUUCCUCAUAGCGAACUUUGAUAAGCAAUAAUAACACUAGUAACCUAAAUAUUACAAUCAUUUCAUCUGUUAUCUUUAUCAACUGACCUACUUUAGACAAUAUAUAUGGUAUCUAUCCUAAAUAACUAGUUAUUAUUGCAUAUCUUAAAAAAUUGUUAUGACUUGCCCUAUAGUGCAGAUAAAACAUAAAAAUAUCUUUCCUUGCUUUUGAAGCUGCUCCCAUAGGGCUCUACAAGCAAGCAUUUUAAUUUCUGUUUAAUGAAAAAACUGUUCAGAUCCAUUACUUGAAACAUUUA